UUGCGUAGCUGCAGCGUUGCAUCGUUUUGAGGCUGAAAAGAAAGAAAAAGGAAGAAAAUGGGGAAGAAAAUUUCAGUGGGGAAAUUUCUAGGGAGCCAAACAGGAGGAGCACACCAACACCAGAGGCAUCAGCAAAAGCCGGAAGCUAUUGCUUUUUUUCUUUAACCCCCACCCCUUUUUUUUUUUUUUUGUUUCUCUUUCUCUCUCUAUCCAUCUCUCUCCCUUGUCAGUUGCUUACUUUUCAGAUUUCAAUCACCGACCCGACCUUACACCCAAAGCUCCUCUUUCCGUGCUUGCUUUUUCCUCCCCCUUUCUUCGCCAUCGAGACCUUCGUCUGAAGACCUAAGAGCUCCAAUCAGCGAGAGGCGGUGAAGAAUGCUUUCUAGGUAUUGUAGAUCAUGCGCAGAUCUCGUUGUUUGUUGAUCUAGCGGAGUUGCUGUCAAUACUGGAGAGAAGUGAGUAUAAAUCUUUCCCUUUUCCAUUUAUAUUUUAGGGCAAAUUUGGAAGUUAGAGAUCGUCGGGUCCAAUUUUAACAUUGCUCGAGAGUUGUAGGCAUUAUGUGAUUUCCGCUUGAUGUAUACAUCUGGUCACUGUUUAAGUUAGAUAGUGAGAGCUGGUUGUCUUAAAAUGAAAACUGUUCUUUCCUUGGUAAAGGGGGAGGAGAAACUAGGGUUUUUGUUCGGCCGAUCAUUGGAAAGUUCGAAUUUUGUUCGCCGCCUUGUUGUUAAGCAUUUCAGUGUUGACGAAGUUUGUUCGAAUGAACUGGGUUUGGUUCCUUUUCUUCAGAUGAGAAGAGGAUUUGUCCACUGAGACUGGGACUAGCUUCAAACCCGUUGAGCAUGCAUCCUUCUUCUUCUUCACCACGGGAUCAUAAAAAGCCAGCACGGUAGAUUGGCUUCUCAUUGGAUGCUGUUGACUAUAGGAUUGGCCUGAUGUACUUUAUCUGAUUCCAUCAGUAAUGAUGCGUUGUCCGCUCUGAGAAUAUCGCGUUUGGUAUUGGAUUCCUUAGUUGCUGCAGGAAAUUUGCCACUUGUUGUGGAAAGCCUUGCCAGUUGUCAUUGAAGUUAUGAUCAAACAGAUACUUAAUAAGUUCCCACGGAAGCCAUCUAGGUCAUCAGAAAACCGUGAUGGAAGAAACUCUAGCUCAUUUUCAAAUGCUUCUUCCAGUUCACGAAGCAGAGAUCCAGCAGGUAACCGAUAUGGGACCUUGAAUGCAUCAUCUCUUCCAGGCGUUGCCUAUACAAAUUCAGUAACUAAUCACGCAAAUGCGACCCCCCAAGGCUUAAACUCAAGGUUGAAUGGUAAUUCAACAGUUUCUUCGUAUGAGGCAUUGCCUAGUUUUAGAGAUGUUGCAAACCCUGAGAAGCAGAAUCUGUUCAUCAAAAAGCUGAACUUAUGCUGUGUUGUGUUUGACUUCACUGACCCUACAAAGAAUUUGAAGGAAAAGGACAUCAAGCGGCAAACUUUGGUUGAGCUGGUUGAUUAUGUUUCUUCUGCAAAUGGAAAGUUUUCAGAAGCUUCUAUGAAUGAAAUUGUAAAGAUGGUUUCAGUAAACUUGUUCAGGACGCUCACUCCUCAACCUCGUGAGAACAAAGUUCUAGAAGCGUUUGAUUUGGAAGAGGAGGAGCCGAUGAUGGACCCAGCAUGGCCUCACUUGCAAAUUGUGUAUGAGUUCCUUCUUAGGUUUGUGGCAUCACCAGAGAUGGAUGCAAAGUUGGCUAAGCGCUACAUUGAUCAUUCUUUUGUCCUAAGGUUGUUAGAUCUCUUUGAUUCUGAGGAUCCUCGAGAAAGGGAAUACUUGAAAACUGUUCUGCACCGCAUUUAUGGAAAGUUUAUGGUGCACCGCCCAUUCAUUAGAAAAGCAAUCAACAACAUAUUUUACCGCUUUAUUUUUGAAACUGAGAAGCAUAAUGGUAUAGCUGAACUAUUAGAAAUAUUGGGCAGUAUAAUUAAUGGGUUUGCAUUGCCACUGAAGGAAGAGCACAAACUCUUUCUUGUUCGGGCACUGAUACCACUUCACAAACCAAAAUGCAUACCAAUGUACCAUCAGCAGCUAUCUUACUGCAUCACACAAUUUGUGGAGAAAGACUGCAAGCUUGCUGAUACUGUGAUAAGGGGCUUGCUAAAGUAUUGGCCAAUCACAAAUAGUUCAAAGGAGGUCAUGUUCUUAGGGGAGCUGGAGGAGGUUUUAGAAGCGACUCAGCCGCCAGAGUUCCAACGCUGUAUGGUACCCUUGUUCCGCCAAAUUGCUCGCUGCUUGAGCAGUUCACACUUUCAGGUAGCAGAGAGGGCGUUGUUCUUAUGGAACACUGAUCACAUUGAAAACCUAAUCAAGCAAAAUCGCAAGGUUAUUCUUCCAAUUAUCUUCCCCUCCUUGGAGAGAAAUGCAAGAAGCCACUGGAACCAGGCUGUGCAGAGCUUGACGCUAAAUGUCCGGAAGAUCUUCUCUGAUGUUGAUCCAGAGCUCUUUGAGGAGUGCUUGCUCAAAUUUCAGGAAGAUGAAGCUCAAGAGGAAGAGACUAAGCUGAAACGUGAAGCCACAUGGAAACGCUUAGAGGAGAUUGCUGCAAUGAAAGCUUCGAGUAACGAACCAGUGCUUGUCCCCAACAGGAUAACCACUCACAAGCAAUCAGGCUAGAGUGGUUAGAAUUCCUGUGGUAAUCCCGGGUCUCUUGGUGUUUCUGAUUGGUAUACUAAGAAAGAAUUGGAAUUGUGGAGGUGGAAUGCUAACACAAUGCUCGUUCCUUAUUUGCUCACCUUCUUGUACUUCUAAGUUUGGAUUUGGCAGGUUGCAUGGUGGAGACCAAUGUGCAAGGUACAAAUUGGUACUCAUUCUAGUCCAUUGUCACUAGGUCUGUAUAUAUGGGCUUGGGCUAACAAGGAAAAUGGGAUCUCAUAGCUCUGCAGUGCAUCAUAACCAACCAUAUGGAGAAAAUUUGGCUAGUGAUACCGGGGUUUUUGUUGUUUAGUGCUCACAGGGGUAACAUUGAAAGAGCUGCCUUAUGCAGAUAUCUGUUUACAUAAUUUUGGAUUUGGUUUAAUGAAUGUAUACUUUGUCUUCAGUUUUAUGUAAUCUUAUGUUGUAUUGCCUUUCAAGUUGGUGUUGUAGAUAAACCAUAUAUAACCGGAUUCUGCUCGACCCAAGAAACGUUAUUGCAUCUGCUUGACAUGUU